UGUGUCACUUUUCACAGUAUCAUUUUCCUUUAGGUCGUCGCCUGAUUUCGAACCCGUCUCCUUCCUUCCUUCCUUCCUGCUUUCACUCUCUCUUUCUCUCUCUCUCUCCCAAUAAAUACAAUACACGAUACGCACAUCGGAAUGAUUUUAUGGACUGCCGUGGCAAUUGCGCCAAUGGAUAAGCCCUCGAUCAUCCGCGCCGAGCACCCCUUGGCUCCAGAUCGCGCCGCUGACCGUCCUCACCUCACUGGCGCUUCCUCUCGCCACUGUAACCUCGUCUUCGUCGUCAAUCCCAGAGGAGCUAAUGGAAGUACGGGAAAGGAGUGGAAGAAACUCUUACCAUACCUGAGGUCUCGCCUCGGUUCGGAUUAUAAUAUAUGUGAAUCUUUAACUUCGGGACCUUCUCAUGCUAUUGACAUCACAAGAGAGGCUAUACGUGACGGUGCUGAUGCAGUGAUUGCUGUUGGAGGUGAUGGAACUCUUCACGAGGUGGUUAAUGGUUUUUUUUGGGCCGGGAAACCUGUUUCUAAUGAUUCUAAGAAUGGUGUCCAGACAACAGCUCUUGGUCUCAUUCCAUUGGGGACUGGUUCAGAUUUUGCUAGAACAUUUGGCUGGAAGAACGAUCCUCAUGAUGCAAUCGAACGUAUUGCUAAAGGGGUAAGAUCUCGCAUUGAUGUUGGAGUUAUCGGUGGAGAAGAUGAAUCUCAUUAUUUUAUAAAUGUUGCUGAUGUUCAUUUGAGUGCUAAGGCUGGUUAUUAUGCAUCAAGAUACAAAAAUUUUGGAAAUCUUUGUUAUGUUAUUGGUUCUUUGCAAGCGUUUUUUGGUCAUCGCAAUGUGGACCUUAGAAUAAAGAUUGAUGAUGGUGAUUGGGAAACUUACACCCAGGUGACGGCCCUUUGUGUUGGAAAUGCCAAAUAUUUUGGUGGUGGAAUGAAAAUUUCCCCGAAUGCUCACCCAUCAAGCAGAGACUUUGAGGUGGUUGUGCUUCAGGAUUUCAAGUGGUAUGAUUUUAUCCUGAAAUUGCACAAACUAUAUAAUGGUACACACUUAUCCGUGAAGAACGUUUCUUCAAGAAGGGCAUGUUCCAUCGAAAUCGAGGAGAUAGUUAGCAGCAACAGCAUAUUCGUCCAGUCAGAUGGAGAAUACCUCGGAUUCCUUCCAAGAAAGUUGAGAAUUUUACCGAGCGCAAUAGAGAUGAUAUGCUAACACAACACUCCCCCUCUCUUAAGAAUACAACCGGAAGUUAGUUGGUGCAGUUUAUUUCUGGCCCCUCAGCAACACAUCAAAGCAAUGACAAGAGGUUAGUUUUUAGACUAACUGAAAUUCGUCGAGGUUUCGACUUGCUUGCUUCUGUACUUUGUAUUGAUCUUUUGUAGCAUAAAAGUCAGCAGUAAAAUUUACAUGGCUAAGUGAGUGAAUUGAUCAGUAUUUUAAGUUGUUCUUUGUUCACUACUUGCAGUGAUACUUUUAAGAUUUAUUGAUUACUUUGUUUAAUUUAA